AUGCGGAAACAUAGUCAGCAUGAUGCCAUGGUUAGCCGCCCCUAAGAUUUCAUCUAAUCACGAAUUUUGAGAUCGAUCCAAAAAUUAUUUGCAGGCCACUACGGAGAAUAGAGGGCACCUCAAUAUUGGUUGUCUGGAUAACGGCCCUACGACUUGAGACGUUCAACCUUCAGACGAAAAUGAUGAAUUAAGCUCGUCUUUGAUCUUCAUCAGAUCUUCAACAUGAAUUCACUUCAAAUUUAAGAUAAAUCACGUGCAUAAACGAGUCAUCUGCAGGCUAAGUUGAGGUUUGUGUACACUAUCGACGGAGAAAAUUUAGCUCUUCUAGGUUUUGGCUUUGAAAACCAAGUGAUGGAGUUUUGGCAUCAAAUUAGUCACAAUAGUGGUACAACAUGAAGCGAGUCUAGUCGAAGUGAGGUACGCACAUGCAGAAUGAUUCAUUUCUUCAUUUCCACUUUAUCAUUGCAGUACAUGUAUUUCCAAUAUCCACCCUAGCUAUAGUAGGCAGUCGUGUCUGCAAGGCUUUCACAAACAGAACAAUAUCAAAAUACCGCACGAGCUGGUUCAAGCUAUACUAGAAAUGCACAAUAACGGCAAAGCUGUUAGCAAUAUGCUUGACUAUCAGCAUUGAACUGGUUCUAGCGCGUCAAUAUGCUCUAGGCAUACAUCGGACUCUCUUGCCAGUUCACACUUCGGCUCGCACCCACAGAAAGACCUUGUAUCGUUUUCACCCGCUAUGAUAUUAGUGUCUCUUAGCUUCGGGCAACUCCAAACUAAUGCGAACCAUCCCUAGUGAGCUGCCGAACUAGAAUUCGCAGCCGAGUGUUAUGCGAACGUCUUGACAGAAGGAGGGGGUGGCGUACCGCACGAUCCUCAUCAUUCUAACAAUCACUGCCAAGGACAGAACAUAUAACGAGAUGCAAGGAGUGUUAGUGAUGCCGACCUGCACCACAGGGCAACAACCCAUUGGACUAGCGGAAGUCGAAGGAGGGGGGGCAAAACAUAAACUUGGAAGAUCUAGGCAAAUGGGUACAAUCAAUACACAUAAGUUCGUUCUCUCAGUACCAUAAAGUCCUUACACUCAACUAAAUUAGGUUAUUUGGCCAAGCAUCACUGCGGCUUCUGCGAAGGCUAAAGGUGGCGCUUCAUAUAUUGUGGCUUGAUAUUCGAAACACGAAAACAUUGUUGGCGAAUCGGCAUAUGGCAUGUAAGAACAACAAUUUGGCCUAAAUUGAUCUUUAGCAGAUCCCCAGGUUUCGGCAGUGAUAACGAGAAUCAUAUAGGGCUCAUAAGACUGGGGUAUUCCCUGUAA